CUAAAACCUCUUCUCUCCCGAUUUUUCUGCACUUCUAAGUUUUAACGCAUUUCACCAAGAAUUUUGCUCUCAUGGAUAAUUACGCAACUUUGCGCUGUGUUUUAAAAGUGCACCCCCGAUGCGACUCAUGCAAGAGACACACCAUGGACAUAAUAGGCUCAAUCACUGGAACAUACGAUAUCACAAUGGAUGCUGAGAAAAGUCAGGCGACAAUCGUGGGGCAAGUCGACCCGAAUUUUUGCCUCAAGGCCAUAACGAGAUGCAAUGGACAUGCGGAAAUCGUGUGGGCAAAUCUCAGCCAUCCAAGAGCGCGAGGCCAAUCUUAUGGCUAUGGUGGCUACAGAGAUUCCUAUCACCCACUCGACUAUCCAACUCGGUCGCUUCCUCAUUAUUCCUACACUCCAAACAACAUCAACUACGAUUAUAAUUAUGAUCGUAGACGGCGUACUGACCCUUAUGGUGUUGAUACCAUCCCUUACUACAAUGAAGAAUCUAUGAAUCACUGCAUCAUACUCUGAUAAACUAUUUCUUCUCCUCGUUAGAUUGCUUUUUGUGAUAGUUCAGUCAUCUCAUCACUGAAACUAUUUUUUUGUCUAUC